AUGUUUCUGGAGAAAUUCGCCCUGGAAGUUCCCCAGGGCGCCGCCUACGAAAACACCGUGUGGACAAAUCGCGACCUUGUCCCUAUACCCGCGGAAAGACGCACAUGGAACGCUUGGGGAUACAUUGGAUACUGGACGGUCGGAGGAAGCUGUGUGACGGCCUGGACGUUGGGCUCGACCAUGUUGGCCCACGGAAGCAAUGCGCCGCACGCCAUCGGGGCUUCUGUGAUUGGAGCCUUUCUGACGGGGCUUCUGGCGGUCGGAAACGGCCUCGUGGGAGAUAGACACCAUAUUGGAUACACCGUGAGCUGCCGAGCAACGUUCGGCAUGCGGGGCUCGUAUAUUCCCAUCGUGUUGCGAUGCUGUAUCACAUCUGCGUGGUUUGGACUGCAAGCAUUUUGGGGUGGUCAGGCCGUCAAGGCCCUGAUCGGGUCAAUGAUCCCGGGCUUCAUCACAGGCGACCUGGAUAACCUCUUUUCCGAGUCCUCACAUCUCGCCAAGAACGACUUCAUCGGCUUCUGGAUAUGGAUGGUCUUCUUCGUGUUCAUCCUCUUCUUUCUGCCGCCCGAGAAGAUGCAGGUCCCGUUCCUGUGCUCCUUCUUGUUGCUCAUGAUGUCGUGUUUUUCAUUGCUAGGAUGGACCGUGGGGCUUGCGGGUGGCGCAGGACCGCUCUUCUCUAAAGACUGGAAGCCAGAGGUACACAAAAACCGAGCUGUCGGCUGGACAAUGAUAUUCGGCGUAUCUUCUGUUCUGUCAACAUGGGGAACCGGAUGUUUGUCCCAGAGUGACUGGACUCGAUACGCACGCCGACCUAGUGCUCCCCGCUGGUCGCAGAUGCUCGCUGCACCCCUCACAAUCAUCUUGACCGCCUCCAUGGGCAUCAUUGUGACCUCUGCAUCCAUGGUCAUCUUCAACGGCAAAAUCUAUUGGAACCCCAUCCAGAUGCUGCCCUUGCUGCAAAAGCACCUCGACCACUCCGCCAAGUCACGAGCCGGCGUGUUUUUCAUCUCUCUUGGCUUUGCGGUCUCUCAGCUGGCCCUGGCUCUUGUUCUCAACUCUGUAUCCACAGGUAUGGAUCUUGCAGGACUGUUCCCCAAGUACAUCUCCAUCACCCGUGGAGCCGCCUUGAUGGUCAUUAUCGGAAUCGCAAUUCAGCCAUGGCAGCUCGUGGCCAACUCUGCAAAGUUCCUGACGGUCCUGGCAGCGUUUGGAGUGUUCAUUGCUCCUAUUACUGGUGUCAUGAUCGCUGACCUGCUCGUGGUGCGACGAAACAAGUUUGUCAUUUACGACCUUUUCCAUACUAUGCAAUCAGAAGAGGAGGAGUCUAACACUGCCGACGGUAAGUCGAUCUACUGGUUCUUCCACGGCUUCAACGUGUGGAAUCUCAUUUCCAUCAUCUUAGGCAUGUGGCCCAUGAUUCCAGGGCUAGCCAAUGCCGGCAUCAUGUCCUCAGAUGAGCGACACUACAAGCAUCCGGAGAUCCCAGAGCCGCUGCCGUUGUCGUGGAGACGAGUUUACAACAUUGGCUUCUUUGUGGGCUUUGCCAUCUCUUUCACAAUGACCUGCGUCGGGGCCUUCAUUUGGAAGCCUCCUGGGGUGGGUAAGCAUUCGACAUGGUGUUCCGGCGACGAGACAGACUCGGACAAGGAGAUGAGCUACGAGGAGCCGAUGAUGGAGGCAGUGGAGACAAAGUAG